AAUUUUUUUUUUUUUGGACGUAGUUUCAAGUUUGAGCUUAAUGACUUAACAUUCUUCAAGUAGGUAUUGUAUUAGAAGUAUAUACUAAAGUGCUUGUGUAGUUGUGUUAGUUUUGGGACCUAAUAAAGUGUAAUAACAACAUUAAAAAAAGUUAUGAUUAAGUAACGUAAAACAAAGAAAAGACAAGGAUGGUUUCAAAAAAAAAAAAAAAAGACAAGGGUCCACCCAGAAAAUGAUCACCUCCUCAACUCCUCUCUCAACUGCUCAACAGCAACAGUCUUCUCUAUCAUUUCCUCGACUCACCAAACACCCCCCUCUUAUUUUUAACAUAAACCCCCUCAUUUUCAACAAACCCAAAUUUAAUUCAAAUUUUAUUCCACAUUUCCUCUCAAUUUUUUUCUCAAUUUAUUCUCACUCAUAUCUAUUAAUUACAAAAAUGAGAGGCUCAAACUCAACCAAUUAUUCAAAAAUUCUAUCUCCAACAAAAUUGAAGUUAACAAUCUUUUGUUUCCUCUUCUUUUGCUUAGUUUUUCUAACUGUACGUUCAUCUUUCUCUUCUUCAUCAGAUAACGCCACCAAUCAGACCUUAAUUUCGUAUGUAAAAUCCCAGAAAUGCCCUUCCAGUUGUACCAAAAUUCCACCAUCAAUAUCCGACGCAAUCAUCCACUACGCAACAUCCAACAUAACUCCCCAACAAACCGCCAAAGAAAUCUCCGUCACCGACCGCGUCCUCCGUCGCAAAUCCCCGUCGAAUUUCCUCGUGUUUGGCCUUGGCUACGAUAGCCCAAUGUGGGCCUCACUAAACCACGGGGGCAGAACCGUCUUUUUGGAGGAAAACGAGGGGUGGAUCCGUCAAAUCAAGGAGAAGUUCCCAACCCUCGAAUCCUACCUCGCCACGUAUGACACCAAAGUACGUCACUCCGAUACACUACUGACGUCAGCAAAGGAGGCGGAGGAGUGUUCGAGUGUGGUCGAUCCUAGGGAAAGCAAGUGUAACUUAGCAUUGAAGGGUUUGCCAAAAGAAAUAUACGAAGUAGAGUGGGAUUUGAUUAUGGUGGACGCGCCCACUGGGUACCACGAUGAGGCUCCCGGUAGGAUGAGCGCGAUUUAUACGGCGGGUUUGAUGGGGAGGAAUAGAGAAGAAGGUGAAACUGAUGUGUUUGUUCAUGAUGUAGAUCGUGUUGUAGAGGAUAAAUUCUCAAUGGAGUUUUUGUGUCAAGGGUAUAUGGUAGAACAACAAGGGAGGUUAAGGCAUUUUACUAUUCCUAGUCAUAAGGCUCGUAUUGGUAGGCCUUUUUGCCCUCCUCCUAAACCAACUUCUGAUUAGAUUAAUUAUUUUUUCAGAUUUUCUCUUUUUAAUUAAUAAUUCUCUUAUAUACUAUCCCUUAAUAAAUUCUCUUAUACUCUAUACUACUCUGUACUUCGUAUGUGUUACGGAGUAAUUGAUUAGUUCGUUA